UCAUUAAGCAUAUUUUAAUUAGUGGAUUGACAAAAUGACCAUGUGAAUGUUUCCUACAUAUAUGUAACAUGUAUUUUUUUUUUUUUUAUAUAUAUACACAUAACAUGUUUCAUGCCAUACACCUAACUAGCUAAUAAGCUAGCUAACUACAAAUAUAUAUAUAUAUAUACAUAUAUAUAUAUAUAUAACUACAAAACUGGCCAACAGAACCAACUAACUGAAUCAACUCCAUUUUCUUGUAUUAUUGAUGAUGGAAUGAGUAAAACUAAUGAAUCAUCAACAAUGGCCAAUGCAGCUACUUGUAUAGAGCUUCCCAUCUUUGACAUCUCUCAACCUUUAGAUUCAUCUUCACUUUAUUCUCUCUCCCAAGCCUGCAAGGAAUGGGGUUUUUUUCACAUUACAAAUCAUGGAGUCCCUAAAAAUCUUUACAACAAACUCUCUUCUCUUUCCAACCACAUAUUUAGUCUACCUUUGGAAUUAAAGUUGGAAGUUGGUCCAUUUUCUCCUAUUAAAACUUACACUCCUCAUUUUGUUGCUUCACCUUUCUUUGAGAGCCUCCGAGUUUCCGGGCCAGACUUCUUUGCCUCUGCUCAGGCUUCAUCAACAGUGCUCCUCAAUCAACAAAGUUCAGAGUUCAGUGAGGUAUUAAAAGAGUAUGGGAACAAAAUGAGUGAGCUAUCAAAGAGAAUUGUGCAAGUUGUGCUGAUGAGCUUGUUAGGAGAAGAGUUGGAUAACAAAUUGUAUGUUUCUGAAUUCAAAAAGUGUCAUGGUUAUUUGAGGAUUAUCAACUACACACCCCCAGAGAGUGUGAACAGAGAAAAAGAAGUAGAAGGGCUUGGAAUGCACACUGAUAUGAGUUGUAUAACAAUUGUUUAUCAAGACAAAUUUGGUGGGGUUCAAGUGAGAUCUAAGCAAGGGAAGUGGCUUGACAUAAAGCCAAGUGAAGAAACUCUUUUGGUCAACAUAGGGGACUUAAUGCAAGCAUGGAGUAAUGGAAAAUUGAGGUCUUCUGAACACAGAGUUGUGCUUAGGCGAUUAGUUAAUAGAUUUUCUUUGGCUUUCUUUUGGUGCUUUGAGGAUCAGAAAGUAAUUUAUGCCCCAAAUGAAGUGGUGGGUGGUUGUGAAGAACAUAACUUGAGGCUUUACAAGCCUUUUCUUUGUGCAGAUUAUUUGAAGUUUAGAGAGAUAAACAGUGUUGGGGAAGAAAAGUUUGAGAAAAUUGGUUUUAAUGUGAAAGAUUUUGCUGGAAUUACAGGUUCUGAUCAGAUAACAAAAUCCCUCAAAAGUUAAAAUUUCUACAUUAUAACAAUUCAUUAGUGACUAUUAUUAUUGCUAUAUCUCUAAGAGAUUGUAGUUAACAAAAUUUUCAUGUGGGUUAGUUAUGAUUUGACUAAAUUUGUGGUUUUUGGAACUUUGUU